AUGAGUAUAUCUCUUCUUUUCGACGAGGAAGCGUAUGAGAAGGUUUCUGAAGUUAAAAAACCAAUAUUUGUAUUUGACUGGCUGUGUUCACUGGAAAAACGAUUAGUGGCAGAAAAUAGACAGGCUAUCAAGGAAUGCCAAGAAGAUCUUGUGCAACAACUGUUGUCUCACCUGACGCAUGCUCCUGGACGUCCAACACACAAGCUUUUGGGCCGUUGUUUCGCCAACCUAUUUUUAGUGGGAGACUCGCUUUUGCUUUAUACAGCAGUGAACACAUGUAACGCGCUUCUAAAAUCCCGAGAUGAUGGACUUGCUUGCAUCAAUAGUCGUCUAGCCGCAUUAAGCUGCCUCGGAGCCAUAUACAAACGCCUUGGACGUAUGAUAGGUCGGUCUUUUGAAGACAGCGUUAUCAUAAUGGUGAAGUUGAUCAAACAGUCUGAGUCACUAGUUCGAUGUGUUGGUUCAGCCAGUAUUGUGUGUCACAAAGAAAUAUAUAAAGCGGUGAAAAUCUGCAUGACGGAUCGAGUACUCUAUGUGCGUGUUGCUGCGGUGAAAUGUCUUUACUUCCUGGUUGACCAUUCUCAUUCAAUUCAUACCAACGCAUUAGAAGCUACUGUAAGUUUGUGUUUGCGAUGUAUGGAUGGAUCCAAUUAUGCAACUCGACUUGAGACCGCACAUACUUUGGGUCAUUUGUUAGCAAAAACUCAGCGUAAAAGGGUUGCAGAUACAGGAUCUGAUGCAUCCAGCAGUGGAACAGUUGGGACGUCUAAUAAUUCGCGGAGUAAACCUAUCUCACUUACAGAUGCAUUGUCAUUAUUGUCGUCAGGAUUUUUGAAAGGUCCAGGUGGGUUUUUAAAAGGUACCAGUGCUACUGAUAUGAUUAAAGGAACUAGUCCAGUUAAUCGAGAAGUUCGUGUUGGUGUAACGUAUGCUUACAUUGAAUUUAUUGUUGAAAUGGGGCCGUUAUGGUUUGAAACUAAUUUGUCAACUAUACUGACACAUUUAAUGAAUCUUUUAUUAGUUCCACGUGCUACACCAACACAUGUCGAGGCUAUAUAUGCACGUCAAUGUAUACAAUAUCUAUUGGGUACUGUAUUUCGACACUUAUUGUCUGAAUCAAUUCAAUUAGUUGCGAUUAGUGAAUUGAUAAAGAUAUUAGUAUAUCAUUUACAAUAUUUACAAAAUCUUCAUGUGAAUGAAUAUUCAAUGAACGACGGUGAUGUGUUUCAACAGAUAUUCUCUUCAUCCUCUUCUUCCGUAACACCUACUCUUAAUAAUAAUGGUAAUACAAACGAACCAUCAGAUUCGUUACCGAAUGAUAUUUUCAGUGAGACUGGUAUCAACGUAACACAUGGGGAUAAUCAGGCAACUAGUAAUGUACAUAAUUUGGAUAGUGUUGUGGAACCGGAUAGUGGAAGAGUGAGACGUGGAAUUGGGCGUCAAGCAGCAACAGCGACAAUAACCACAACAGCUACUACGGGUGGUAGCAGUUCCCGUUCGAAUCGGGAACAACAACAUCAGCACUUAGUUAUUUGUGUGUUAGAUAUAAUUAGUCAACUAAUUCGUUGGUUAGAUUCACUAGUUGUUCAACUUUUGGAUCAACCCACUCAACUAACUGAUGUACUAUGCACAUGUUUAUCACAUCCAGUACAGGCAGUUCGUUUGGCAGCUGCAUCGUGUUUAAGGCAGUUAGUAAUUGUUGUACCAAGCCAGCGCAUCCCUUUAUUAAAUAAAUGUUUACAUUGUUUGCAACAAUCUCAUAGAUAUAGUGCUGAAACACUUUUAGGCGUUACUUUUGGCAUAACUGGACUUCUAGCUGGGGUUAAUUAUUCUAUUCUUGGUUUGCCGAAUAAUGUACCAGAUCAAUUGUUUAGUCUAGCUGAAGAGCUUCUACGUGCGGCCAAUCAAAAUAGCCGAUUCGCAUUGGCUCGUACUCAAAGUGGUUGGAGUUUAUUAGCUGCUUGUAUAACUCUUGGACCAAAUGUUGUCAAGCCUCAUUUACCUAGAAUGUUGUUAUUUUGGCGUAAUGCGUUUCCACGCAGUUUACGUGAGCUGGAAGCGGAGAAACAGCGCGGUGACGCUUUUACAUGGCAGAUUAUGCUGGAAUCCAGAUCGGGUGCGUUAUGCUCUAUACAAAGCUUUUUAGAAUAUUGUUCACCACAAUUACUUACUGAAGAUAUAAUUCAUCGUCUUUUACCGCUUAUUGAAUGUGCAUUAAAUAUGCUUGGACAAAUGAAUGAUAUUGUUCGAAUUUAUGGAAAUCACUUAAAAAUAAUAGCUGGUUUUAUUCGAUUACGACUGUAUCGAAUUUUACUUUUACUACCAUCUACAGCAUACACUAGUUCUUAUAGUACAGUUUUACGUGAAUUAGUAGCUGAAUUCACGUUAACUGAUAAUAUAGCAAAUGUAACAACAUCUUUAUUGAAAUCUUUAAGUUGUUCUGAAGACAGUAUCACACUUGGAUCAUGCUUACAGGAUACAGAUCAAAGAUUAUUAGAGGAACAAUUACAAUCAACCAUAUUAAACAAUUCACCUAGGGCAUUAGAACAUGAUCCUUCUUACCUAUAUCUACAUGAUGGUGUUAAUAAUUUACUGGCUACCGAUGUUACCUUGACAAAUAUAUCGAAUACUGAAGAUGAGAAUGAUGAAAAUCUAUCAUUGACAGCUGGAACACUGUUUCAUGGUCCAUCACAUAUUUUACUAAAUAAUAAUAGUACUUUUACUACUUCUAAAUUCUACAGUAUUAAUUCUACCUCAAAUACUAAUACUAAUAAUUUAUCGUGUGGACAUAAUCUUGGAAAUUUUACUAAUUCCACACUUUCAUGUGCAUUACAAUUAACUGGACCCAUACCUGUUAGUGUUACUGUAAUAGAUGCAUCAAUUGAAUUGUUUGGUCGUUUAUUUGCUUGUGUUUCUAUUCGUCAUCGUACACAAAUGUUAGAACAUUUUACUGAAUGUAUUCGUCUUACAAAAUCAAUACGCCAAGAAGCUGUACAAAUUAAUGUUUUCGCUGCUUUAUUAAGUGCGUUAAGACAUUUAGCUGAAACAAAAUCUACAUUCGGUGAUGAUCCAGCGUUAAGAAAAGCUGCUACGAACUUAAUUUUUGCUACUUUGACCAGUCCAAGUGUUCUACUACGUUGUGUGGCUGGUGAAUGUCUUGGAAGGCUUGCACAAGUUGUUGGCGAAUCUGGAUUUUUAGCAGAAUUAGCUCAACAAAUUUUUGAACGUUUGCGUGCUAUUCGCAAUCCGAUUGCAAGAGCUGGUCAUUGUUUAGCUAUUGGUUGUUUACACAGUUAUGUUGGUGGUUUGGCGUCUGGACAACAUUUAAGUUCAAGUGUCGGUGUACUAUUAGCUAUUGCACAAGAUUCCAGUGUGCCCGAAGUACAAGUUUGGGCAUUACAUGCUCUUGCACUAGUUGCAGAAUCAGGUGGUCCAAUAUUUAGAGAAUAUAUUGAACCAAGUUUAAACUUAGUACUUCAGCUAUUACUGAAAUCACCAAGCGCUAUGCAUGAAAUUCAAAGAAGUCUUGGUCGUUUAUUUGCUGCUUUAAUUACUACUUUGGGGCCUGAAUUACGUGGUACAAGCGCUGGUAUAACGUCUGUUCGACAUUCAUGUUUAUUAUGUUGUAUGAUUAUGCGUGAUUCACCGGAUGCUCUACUACAAGCUGAAGGUAUAGCCUGUCUACAACAAUUGCAUAUGUUUGCUCCAAUGCAUGUUAAGUUAGCUGGCCUGGUUCCUGAAUUACAAACCAGUGUGUCCAGUUUCCAUUUGGUCUUAAGACGUGCAGCAUUAUCAUGUUUACGACAAUUAAGUCAAAAAGAGGCUAAGGAUUUGUAUGGUUGUAUGACACUAGGAGGUUUGUUAGAAGAGAAACCUUCUCCUGUUCUUUCUUCAUUUUCUGCUAUCUCCAAUAAAAAUGAUAUGAAUAGUUUUUCGAAAUCAACAACUAGUGAGAAAUUAGAAAAAAAGUUAUUUAGUUUACUUGAUGUUGAAAUGGACUAUCAACUACGCCGAGACAUUGAAGAUACACUUAUUGGAAUGUUGGAAGCAACUGGUACCUCACAACUUUCGUAUUGGUUUACAUUAUUGAAAGAAGUAUUAUUGGUUUCCACUUCACUGAAAACUGAUUUGACCAGUGACAGUAAUAUUGUUAUCAGAAAUUCUAUACAAAAAUCAUCCAGUACGAAUGAAUCAAACUCUAUUGGGGGAGAUAAACUAUCUUCCAUUAAUAACGAUGAUGUAGAUAUAAUGACUGUGUCUGAACGAAAUAGUCGUGUAGACGAAGAAAACAUUAGUGGUUCUAUUCAACCAGAAGAUAAUGAAUAUGAGGAUGUUGACAUUAAUUUUAAACCAAAACAAUCUAAUCAAGAAAUUAAUCAGUUAUUCACUGUCAAAAUUAGGGCCAGAUGCUCAACACGAAUUUUCGCAAUCAGUUGUUUGCGUAUCCUGAUAUCUAACUGUGCCAGAUUGUGCAAUACAACAUUUGUAAAUGAUUCUCUUCCGUAUAUGAAAACAUCUGUAAAUGAUGAUGAUACUACUGAUGAUUCGUUAAUAAAUUCAAAGUCACUCGCUCAUUUUGAUUUGGCUAAAGCUAGAAUCCUACGUUCUCAAUCGGGAAAAUCCGAUUGGCUUAUUCUGUACCUGUCUGAUUUAAUUCGUGUAGCUUUCAUGUCAGCCACAUCGGAUAGUGAACGACUUCGUAUCACAGGUUUAAAACUUAUGCAAGAUGUUAUUCAAAGAUUUUCCCUAGUACCAGAUCCAGACUAUCCAGAUCAUGUUAUUUUGGAACAGUAUCAAGCUCAAGUUUCAGCUGCACUACGACCAGCGUUUAUGAAUAGUUCAUUGUUAAAUUCAUUCGACAAUAUAACAGUUGCACAAUCUUCAACUACCAAUAAUUCCGUAUUAUCUGGUCCAGUUCAACCUAAUCCAGAACUACUAUCUAUAGCAUGUCAAGUGUGCAGUACAUGGCUUACUUCUGGCGUUGGUCGUGAUCCAGAAGAUUUACGUCGUACACAAGACCUUCUAAGACAAGCAUUUGAUAAAUUAAAACUUAACAUAUGCACUGAAGAUCACUCAUCCAAUGUGUCUGCACAAGCUCAACAAGUAGAAUCCUCCCAAUGGAUAUCGGAAAAUUCUGCAAUAGUUGAGAGACUAUCUGUUUUAGCUGCUUGGGCUAAAGUUUACAUUUUGACAGCUGGGCAUAAUGAUGAACAAUUGAUGGAUGAUGAAUCAGAUGAUAUGAUGAAUGAUGAAAGUGAAAAUGACAAUGAUUCCGACUACAGUAUGAUCAUUAAAGGAAUAUCAAUAGAAGAUAUCACAUUAUUCGUUUGUAAACCUGCUCCUUACCUUCAGUCGAGUAGUUGUUCUGCCGCAUCACGUAAAUUUAUCUAUCAUUUAUUAUCGAAAUGGAUUCAACCGAUUCUCCCAAAUUUAAAUAAUUUAUCAACUCAACACUCAUCUAUCUUACUAUCCAAUGUCAAUAAUAAUUAUAUUAAUCAUAAUCUUGAUCUAAUACGUGGAUAUUAUGCACGUUAUUGGCCUUGUAUGACAUAUGCAUUAGCUUUAUGGUUAACUAAUAAUGAAUUAUGUGUCGAAGAGAUUGAUACAAAUUUACCAAAGAAUGAAAUGUCUAAAUCAGCUCGACAAUUCUUUUUAAUUCUAGGUAUGUGUGCAGAAGCUAUGUGUAAUCCAACGUCCAAACAACCAAUAUCCAUUAUUCAUACAUGUUUGCGUUGUAUUCUAUGCCUAUUGGGUAAGCCGAAGUUUCGUGCUUAUCUGAUGCAAUCAUCAACCGAAAUAUCUAUUGAACUAUUACAAAUAUUACAUCGACUUAUACUUACUCGUGAUUGUGUAGAAACACAUUUAUUAUGCUUAGCCAAUGUGAUUCAUAUAAUGAUUGCUAGUAAUGAACGUUUAAUUAAAGAACGUGAUAAUUGGUUAACUAAAGAAUCAACACAGAAUGCAUCUAGUAUGUUUAUUUCACCAGAAUCACAAAAUCCGAAAAAUAAUUGUAUGACAUCAAGUACAAUGUUACAAACUACUGGUCUAAUUGACACUCAAUUAUAUGAACAUGGUGAUGGAGGCUAUUUGUCAAAAUUUUUUGAUCGUAUCACUAAUAAUUCUAAUAUGGACUAUGAUGAAUUUAAUAAAACAUCGAUUAACUGUCAAAUGAAUAAUGGUAUAUAUGGAGGGAAAACAUUUGCUGGUUUACAUCCUGAAAGAUCAAUUGUAUUUACAUGCUUAGAAAUUGUUGUCUGUAUAGUGGCACGCUAUCAAUCACAAAUUGUCAAACAAUUUCCUCUUUCCAAUACUAAAGAUGAUGUUGAAUGUAAAAAUCAUAUUAUUCCAGAGACAACAUGCGCCUCCGAUGUAAAUGCUCCGCUUGUUCUAGCAACAGCUUUGAAAUGUUUAAUCCCAUUAAUUGAUCUAUGCGCUCCAAGAACUCUUUUAAGUACAUUAAGACUUGCUAAACAGAAUCAAAAUUUUCAAUCAAAUGAUUGUGUGAAUAGUAAUAUUAGUGUUGAAAGUGAGAUUAAUCAUCCAAGUACAUCUCAAGCAUCAAUACAUCAACAAGAAUGCUUAUUGCCAAUUCUAUUAGAUUUAUCUAAAGAAAUAGCAAAGAGUAUAUUAAUAAAACCAAUUCAAUGUUCAAAUGUGAAAAGUAAUUUUGCCAAUAAUCCAUUACAAACAAAGAAAUCAAACGAGAUCUACUGUGUUAAUAAUAAAAACAGCAGUUAUAAUAAUAAUAUUAAUCUAUCCAUAUUCAAACCAUAUGAUCUAACAUGUCAAUCAUCGAAUUUAUUCACUUCAUAUUUAAUUGGUGAAGAUGAAACAGAAAUCUCAUCAACAACAACUAAUUUAUCUGUAUGCGCUGUUAAUGAGCUAUUAACAUCAGUGAAAUCAUGUCAACAAAGUUAUCAACAAUAUCGUUUUAUUAAUCAAUUCAUUGGUUGGACUGAACAAUCAGCUGAAUUAGCUGAAGUUUAUAUUUCAUUAUUGAAUAAAUUGGCUGUGCAUCAUUAUCCUGCUCUGUCAGCCAAUUCACCUAAUCAAGAUUUAAAUGUGAAUAAAUAUUCGGUGCAUUUAUCACAAACAGCUGAAAUUCAACCGGAUAGUAGUAGUAUUUCUAGUGUAAAAGAACAAUGUAAUAAUUCAGUUAAUUCUAAUGUCAGUCAAUCUUCAACGAUGGAUAUUAUAAAUGAGAAUACAGUGUUAAAUGCGUUCACUGAAUGGUAUCAUUUAAUUUCAGUUAGUCUAUUAUCAAUCCUACGUCAUGAACAUGAUAAUGAAACAGGAGUUGAUAAUUCUUCACUACCUAAAUGUUGUCUAGCAUCAGCUUAUCUAGUCAGCCGUAUAUGUGCCAAGUGUCCUAUUCAGGUUUUUAAAUCAACAAAUUUAGUCAAUGAGCUUUCAGAACUGCUUUGUCGUGGAUGGUAUUUAUCUCCAAUUUCUGACAAUCAAUCAAAUGGUUUAAUGAAUAAAGAUGCUAAUUCAUUGGAAAAUCCAUUAAUGGAUAUUUCUAAAUUAUUUGAAUCGAAGCUUUUGCAAAAUCGAAUAAUAUGUUUAAGAUCAUUUGGAUUGUUAUGCAAUCAUCAUGAAUCUUCAAUUAGAUCAUUGUUUAUCAAAACAUUAACUCCUCAAGUAUUUCAUUGGUUAUAUGAUCUAACUAAUAUUGUUGAAAUGUAUUCAUCUAAACAACAACAACAACAACAACAACAAAAGUUAAAUACAUCACCUGAUUUAUUCAAUAUUCAAAUUAAUCUAAAUGAACUUGUUUUAUGUUUAAAUGAAGCAUUUGAUUUACUUACUUCAAUAAUUCGUAUCGUUGAAAGUUCAAAUCGUCAAGCUUUAUUAUUAAUUUAUUUACCAUUAUUAUGUAAUCUACUUACAAAUGAAUCGUCUGUUAUAUUAAACCGGUUAAAUUAUAAAAAUAAUAUUAUUUCUAUUACAAAUUCAUUAGAUUUAAUUUAUUUCAUACAUAUUAUUACAUUAAAACAUAUUAUAACAAUAGCUCCAUGUUUUCCAAAUGAAUUUCGUUCAACGUUUCAACUUCUUAAUGAUUUUAAAUUACGUUUAGAAAAUGCAAUAAAAUUCUCUAGUCCAUUAAUUACUACUACUAAUAAUAAUAAUAAUACCAAUCAUGAUUAUAAUCAUUCGAAAUAUCAAUUAACCAAUAAUAUCCCAUUCAUUCAUAACAAUCAAACAAUUCUGAAACAUAAUCCUCAAUCGAAUUUAUCAUCGAUUAAAUUGAAAACAGAUUUCAGUAAUUAUACAUAAAUCAAUAAUGAUAAUUAUCAUCGCGUUUAUAAGAUAAUAUAAUUAUCCAACUUCGUUAUAAACUUAAUUAUAAGUCAAUAUCUAUCAUUUGUAUGUAUUUAUAUGAUCUCAAAUGAUGGUCAUUUCAUUUUUGUCUUAUUUGUUUAAUUUAUGUUCUUCUAGCUUUGUUGCUUCUUCUGUCAUAGAAACAGUUGUUAAGUUCUUUGAUAUAAUUAUCACUUAUAAUAGUGAUUCUUAUGAUUGAUAUUAAUUGAUAUGCAUUUUAUCCGGUUAAAUUAUAUUGCCUUCUCUUCCACCAUUUUUAAAAAAUAUUUUUGCUUUCUUUCUUUCUUCUAACUCUUGUUCUCUAUCUUCAAUGAAUUUGUCUACAAUCAUUAUUGAAUGUAAGAAGUGAAAACAACGAAUCUAUAUUGAUUGAAUUAGGUUUAUUGUUGUUAAUGUUGACUGGAUCACCUCAUUUAUUAUCUCAGUAUAAUUUUAAUUUAUGAGUAUUAUUAUUAUUAUUUAUUAAAUUUUAGGUCAAUAAUGUGACGGGAAAGAAAUAUAUCUUUCUGAAAUAUUUCUAAUUUAAUGGAUUAUUUCACGUUGAAUGAUGCCCACAAUUAUAUGUGGUCUUCCCUAUGGUAUAAUACACAUAAAAUUUGUGUAUACUAUGUGUUUUCAUUGUCUUUCGCUAAAAGGAAAAAAAAGUACAUCACAUCAUCAUGUGAACUUUAUAUAUUUCAAAAUUCUUUUUGUAAACAUUUGACUGGCUGUAUGUAUAGUAACUUUUCUCUUAUUGUGAUAAUUAUUUAGAUUGUUAUUGCUUUUAUUGUCGGUGUUGUUGUUGCUAUUGUUAAGAGAAGUUUGUGUUUUGGCUUUUCGUUUAUUUAUUUUUACAUUUAACUGUACUGAUGAUAUUUAUUCAGUGUCUAAUCUGUCUCCUUUCACUGAAUGUUAGAAACUUACGUGAAAACAUUGUAGGUUCUUAUUUCUGUCAUAAUGCAUUAUAUAAUAUGAAAAAAAUAUUUUAUUUGAAUGAUAUUCAUCCUCUUAUUUGCUGUGUAUUGACAAAUCAUAACGAUGAAGUGCUGUGUUGAACAAAUAUGGAUAUUUAUUUAUUCUUAUCUGCAAAAUAUUGUUUUAAUUUUCAUCAGGUUAUAGAUUUCAUGUCAAUCAGUGGAAGGUAAUUAGUAGUAGGAAGCAAUGCAUCUAGGAUUUGUUCUUGUUGAUACUCGUCGGUAAAAUGUAUUUGCAAUGUUGAACAAAACGAUGGUUGUCCUGAAAUUUGUAACCACAGAAAGAUAUGAAUACGGAAAUAGAUUAUAAUUUCCACGUAUGAC